CACCAGACCGUUCCGACUGGAAAAGAUUUCAACUCCACCACAGGUUGCUGUCCAGGAUGGCGGGGAUGAAGGAGCAGCAGUUCACGGAGGAGAAGCCCCUGCUGCCGGAGCAGCGUGGCGUGGACUCAGACAUGCAGGAUAAAGGAGAAGAGGUCGGGGGGUUACCAUGCCCCGCCAGCCCCGCGCCCCAAACACCCCCUCCUCCCAGCCGCCCCACUCACCGCUGGCAUGUCAUCGCGCGCCACUGGCUCCGCCAGACGCGCCGUCGGACCAGCGGGGUCCUCCCGGAGAACUGUGAACAGCUGAUGCCGGUGGGGGAUUGGAAGGAACACGAUGUCGAGACCCCAUACGGGAUGCUGCAUGUGGUGAUCCGCGGGGCGCCGAAAGGGAACAAGCCUGCGAUCCUCACCUACCACGAUGUGGGACUGAACCACAAGCUGUGCUUCAACUCCUUCUUCAAUAACGAGGACAUGCAGGAGAUCACAAAGCACUUUGUGGUUUGCCACGUUGGCCCGGGACAGCAGAUUGGAGCAUCACAGAUGCCACAGGGGUACCAGUACCCUACUAUGGACCAGCUGGCUGGGAUGCUGCCCACUGUGGUGCAGCACUUUGGGUUUAAGAGCAUCGUUGGGAUCGGAGUCGGAGCUGGAGCUUACAUUCUGGCCAAGUUUGCUCUGAUCUUCCCUGACCUGGUGGAGGGUUUGGUUCUGCUCAACAUCGACCCCAAUGGCAAAGGCUGGAUUGACUGGGCUGCCACCAAGCUGUCAGGUCUGACCAGCGCUCUGCCAGAUACAAUUCUGCCACAUCUUUUCAGCCAGGAGGAGCUGAUGAACAACACAGAGCUGGUGCAGAGCUACCGGCAACAGAUCAACAACACCGUCAACCAGUUCAACCUGCAGCUUUUCUGGAACAUGUACAACAGUCGGAGGGACCUGGAGAUGAAUCGCAGCGGUUCGGUGCUCAACGCAAAGACCCUGAAGUGUCCCGCGAUGCUGGUUGUGGGAGACAACGCCCCGGCCGAGGAGGGAGUGGUCGAGUGCAACUCCAAGCUGGACCCGACCAACACCACCUUCCUAAAGAUGGCUGACUCUGGUGGACUUCCCCAGCUCACACAGCCUGGGAAGUUGACUGAAGCCUUCAAGUAUUUCCUGCAGGGAAUGGGCUACAUCGCUUAUGUGAAGGAUCGGAGGUUGAGUGGAGGGCCAGUGCCCUCCGCCAGCAUGACCCGCCUGGCUCGUUCCAGGACGGCCUCCCUGACCAGCGCCGGAUCAAUUGACGGAUCGCGCUCUCGGGCCUGCACCCAUUCCGACAGCACCGAGGGAGUUGGCACCAUCACCCACACCAUGGAGGUGUCCUGCUGA